AUGUCCGACAGUUUAUCAUUGAUGGAGGAAGAGAUCAUAGCUCGCGUUCAUCGAACUCGUAUCUCGAAAGAGGGUGAUGCGGAAUCUAGCUCGUUUGACGGUCCGCGGUCCGGUCGACAGUCUGUUGAAACCAGGGUUCAAAGGUCCCUAAGAUCGGCGGAUCCUUCUCUCCUGGAGCUCGAUAUAGCCGUGUUCAGCCUCAGCGCGGUUCUAUUUGGAAGGCGGGUGAGGACCCCGAUUCUUUCGGCCUGUCAAUUGCAACUUCGGGCAGACGGGAUCCUCCGGAACCAGGACUAG